CUUCAACAGGAGCAGCAGCAGCAGCAGCCCCUGGCUCCGCUGCGAUGGAGGCAGCGAAGCCCAAUGGCUACACGCGCACGCUGCUUUGGAAGAAUGUCCGGCUGAAGCGAAAACACCCCAUCAAGACACUGUUCGAGGUGGUGCUGCCCAUCGCCCUCCUUGCCCUGCUGGGGUACUUGAAAUCCCAAAUUACCGACACAACUCGAGGCACGGGGUGGGCAACCUGGUUCGGUCCGUCGGACCCUUUGUAUCGCGGAUCCAGCCCCAACACGAAUUACGUUCAAACUGAGGCGACCAUGACUGGGCUCCUUCUGGACCUCGGGUCGAACAAAAAUGGCUACGGAGGUGACCCAGCUGUGUCCACAACCUGUCGCAAUGCGUCUUUGGCUGGUCACAUCAGUACCAACCCCACGUCUCCGUAUGCGUGGCCACCUCGAUGCCAGUCGUUGGGGCUGCCCAGAAAGAUCGCCAUCGUGCCCGACAACACGUUCACGAGGCAGUACUUUGCCGAGGCUGUGGGCCAAUGGUACCCUCGUGUGGAAUUGACAUCCAACAUCGCAGUACCGUCGUUUGCCGAUUCGGUAGUGUUUUUCCCCAACGAACAAGCGUUGGAGGAUUCUAUUACAGAUGGGCGAUAUGGUGUGACGUUCGACUCGCCUCCGUUGGCAGCGGCGAUCGUGUUCACGACGAUGCCAUCGACGCUGGGUACUCCUGGGAACAUUGAGUACUCUCUUCGCUUCAACACGACCACCGGCAGCUUUGGAUACAAUGUCGUGCCUCGUACUUCUGGGGAUGUAGUGGACUUGCUCCAGCGUGGCCUCGAUCCCGACGCCCACAGAGCAUACGCCCGUGAGGGGUUCUACACCCUCCAGACCCUCGUCACACGCUUUGCCACGUGUGUGCCCGACUGGAAGGAUGGCAAAACCACAGGCACUUGCACCAUGCCGAACGCUGUCGCAGCCGCCACCCCUCAAGUGGAUGCGAUGCUGCUGCAGCAAGUGUUCAACGACACCCGUUUGGCCUCUACGUUUUCUACUUCGACUACGUACUAUUCCUCGUACACGUUCACAACCAACAUCUCUAAGUCAGCAUACGAACCCUUGAUCAAGCCCCUUCGGCUGCUCCCCCAAGCCACGGGCGGGGGCCUCGUGUUUCCGUUCCCCGUGAUGGGGUUCACCGUUUCCCCCUUCUUCGAGGCCGUGGACUACAUCUUUGGCAUUGUGUUUGUGCUGUCGUACAUCCAAUGCUUGUCUGCGAUUCUAGUUGCGCUCAUCUCGGAAAAAGAGACCAAGACCCGCGAACUGCUUAAGAUUCUGGGCGUGCCGGACGUGGCCAUCGUCGGCAGCUGGUACAUCACGUACGGCGUCAUGCUGUUUGUGGCGUCGUUGGUGCAGGCGGGGGUGGCCAGCGCUGUCCUUUUCAAUCACUCGAGCGUGGUGCUCUUGUUCUUGUUCUUUUGGCUCUUCUCGUGCAGCUUGCUCGCGUAUGCGUACAUGGUCAGUGCGAUCUUCUCCAAGGCCAAAGUGGGGGCGUAUCUGGGCGUGAUUGGGUUCUUGCUCAUGUACGUCGUGUCCACGGCAUUCACCAACGAAUCGACCGCCGCGUCCAAGGUCUUGGCGUCGCUCUUAUCCCCCGUGGCACUAGUGUUUGGGGUUAACAACUUGGCCGCAUCCGAAACCAACGGCGUGGGUAUUACCUUCGACAACGUGAAUGAAUCCAUCAAGAGCUACAAGUUCUCGACGGCGUUGGUCCUCCUCUUGGUCGACUCGGUAGUGUACACUGUGCUGGGUCUGUACCUUGAACGCGUUGUGCCGAAAGACUAUGGCGUGACUGAGGCAUGGUACUUCCCCGUGUCUCCCAGUUAUUGGCGCCGAUCGUCCAAGCAGCCAUCCUCGCGUCACGACGACAGAGUUGAAGGGGGGGCUGUCGUGCUGAACGUGGACGUCAACAGUAGUGCCAUUGAAGCUGUGGGGAUGGAGCUCAAGCAGCAAGAAGUGUCGGGCGACGCGCUGCAGAUCCGAAACUUGCGCAAGGUGUUCCCUGGCCCCGACGGCGGCAAAGUCGCGGUGAAAGGUCUCAACUUAACCAUGUACAAGAACCAAAUCACGUGCUUGCUGGGCCACAACGGAGCGGGGAAAACGACUCUGAUUUCCAUGUUGACGGGCAUGAUCUCCAUCUCGGGGGGCGACGCCACCGUGAACGGCCUGUCGCUGACCGAUGACAUGGCAGUGAUCCGUCGGUCCAUGGGCGUUUGUCCCCAGCACGACGUCUUGUACGCGGAGCUGACUGUAGAAGAGCACUUGGUCCUGUACAGCAAGAUCAAGGGCUUUUCUGGUCAAGCUAUGUUGGACCAAGUGGAUGCGUCAAUUGCGGAGGUGGGGCUCACGGAGAAGCGCCACGCUCGGUCCAGCGACCUCUCGGGGGGGAUGAAGCGCAAGCUGUCGCUGGCCAUUGCCUUGCUCGGCGACAGCCAGAUCGUGUUUCUGGACGAACCGACGUCCGGGAUGGAUCCGUACAGCCGUCGAAGCAGUUGGGAGAUCAUCAUGAACAAUCGCCAGAACCGCAUCGUGGUGCUCACGACGCAUUUCAUGGACGAAGCCGACAUCCUCGGCGACCGCAUCGCCAUCAUGGCCGAAGGGGACCUCCGGUGCUGUGGCUCGUCCCUGUUCCUCAAGAACCGGUACGGCGCGGGGUACAACUUUUCCCUCGUCAAGACCGACACAUGUGACACGAACGUGUUGCUGGCGUUCGUCAACAACCACGUCCACGGCCGCGCGAACGUGCUGAGCAACGUCGGGACGGAGAUCGCGUUCCAACUGCCGCUGGACUGCGCGCCGUUGUUUGGCGGGAUGUUUGCCGACCUAGACCAUCACAUGACGCAAUUGGGCGUGGUCUCGUAUGGCAUUUCCGUGACGACGAUGGAGGAAGUGUUUAUCAAAGUGGCCGAGCUGGGCGACGAGAACCAGCAGCACACACUCGUCCACAAGACGCCUAAAGACCUCAACACUAACAGCAACAUCUCUGGAAACAAACUGCCCGCGAUCCCGCCCUCCGCGCUGGCGAUGUUUGGCAUGCAGUUUGUGGCGCUUCCUCUUGAUCGCGGGCAUCGCGCUGCUCAAGUCGACCUUUGUGGGUAA